UAGUUAAGCAUUUUUGCGUACUGUAGCGAUUAGGACACUUCAGUAUAGGUUCCCGCCAACUUACCUCCACGUGUAGCACACAAGAUGGCUGCUCACGAUAAAGUUUCUGCUAGGUCUUCAAACGAUUGCAUAAAAAUUGCAGACGACGAUUGUGGGUAUCCACUGGAAAUGUUCUGUGUUCCACGACACUAUGCGGACGCCUUGGAUCAUAUUAUUAUUCCACACGGACUAAUUAUGGACAGGACGGAGAGACUCGCCAAGAACAUCAUCCAGGAGUUUGGUCCCGAGCCCCUCACGUGUCUGUGUGUGUUGAAAGGUGGAUAUCAGUUUUUUCAUGAUCUGAUUGCUAACAUCAAAGCCAUUGUACGAAACUCUGAUCGUUCUCUUCAACUCAAGAUCGACUUCAUCAGGCUUAAGAGCUACGUCGGUGAUCAUUCGAGUGGGAAAGUUCAGGUAGUUGGUGGUGAUGAUUUGGAAGAAUUGAGACAAAAGAAUGUGUUGGUAGUGGAGGAUAUAAUUGAUACUGGGAGGACAAUGAGAAAGCUGCUUGCAACUCUGGCUGAUUAUGAACCAAAGAAAGUUCGUGUUGUGAGUCUGCUAGUGAAGAGAACGAGUUUGUCUACAGGCUAUCGUCCAGACUAUAUUGGUUUUGAAGUCCCGGAUAAGUUCGUUGUUGGCUAUGCUUUGGAUUACAAUGAAUACUUCAGAGAUCUGACGCACGUGUGUCUCAUUAAUGAGGCAGGAAAGAAGAAAUAUGAAGUCAAAUGAGAUGUCUCAACAUACCACAGUCAGAUAUCGAUACUAGAUGUUGCGUGAACUGAAGUGCAAAUCUCGAAAGAUUUGUUUCGAGUGUAUGGUGUUUGCAGUGAUUCUAAUUUAUGUGUGAAGCUUGCAAUUGGUACUUUAAUUUGGUAGUGAUUUUGUAUACCUAGUUGUUGUAGUGUACAUGUGUGUACAGCGAAUUUGGGUAUUGAAAUCUUGUGUGAACGUUGAUGUUUAAUAGAAAUAUGAAAG